UGGGGGCGAGCUCCCCGAGUCCCGGACUCGCGCUAAGGCAGCUGCCGCUGCCGCCGCCGCCGCCAUGUUGGCUUGAGGGGCGAUGACAGGAGGCGGCUGCGGCGUUUGGGGCUGAAAAGUGGAGGAGGAGGAGGAGAGACAGAGGUCUGAGAGGAAGCCAUUCCCGGGCUGAGGAGAGGGAGGACCAGCCUCUUCCGGGGACCGGCAGGAGUCGGCGUCGCGGGGAGCUUGCGAGGCCGGGGAGGGGAGGGGAAGGCGGAGGCAGGAGAGGAGCACCGACGAGCCGGAGACGAUGCGCCCCGAGAGUCGCUGCGGCCCGGAGGCGCCCGCGGCCUGAGCCCCAGGGGCGGUGGGGUCCCCGUCCGGCCCGAGCUCCGCGCCGUCCGCGCGCGCCCCAGGCUUCGGCCUCGGCUCUCAACGAGUUAAAUGCCCUUGAGCGCGGCUUCGGGCGGCCCGGCUCCCGGCCCCGGCAGCGCGAGCUGAGCCGUUUCCCCGCGCCGGCCAGUCAGCGCUCACGCGUCCAUGUGUAGCUACAUAGUUAUCUAUGUACUUCCACGCCGGGGCAUUCUCCUGCUGCUUAAUGAGGACUUGACUCGGGAGCAGGUGUGAAUCACUGCCGGGCUGGCGAAGGAGGAAGGCGCAUUUAACCCCCUCCCACCGCUCCAUGCCCGUGUGUCACUCGGCUCGGUCCACCUGGCGCGGCGGGUCCUGAGGCUGCUACUGCUGCUGCUGCUGACGACGACGACGACGGGGCUGCCCUCCCGGAGUGCCCUCCGCCCCGGCCACACAGCUCCCGGGGACCGCUCCUGUCCGCACAGAACCUCGGCCGGGCCGGCACUUUGGCUCGGAAAUCACUUAGUUUUGGGAAAGCACAUCGCGAACUAAUCAAGAUCGUUAACGCUGAUUUCUGUGUGGCUUGAAGACUUUUGCUCCUUUUUGUUUGUUGUAUUUUUUUUUUUUGCGUGAACAUCUGGUGUAUAUCGGCAAGAUGUCCAGUAGUGUCCCGGCGGAUAUGAUAAAUUUGCGCCUCAUCUUGGUAAGCGGGAAAACAAAAGAGUUCCUGUUUUCUCCCAAUGAUUCUGCUUCUGACAUCGCAAAGCAUGUGUAUGACAACUGGCCAAUGGACUGGGAAGAAGAGCAGGUCAGCAGUCCAAACAUUCUACGACUUAUUUAUCAAGGACGAUUUCUACAUGGCAAUGUCACGUUAGGAGCAUUAAAACUGCCUUUUGGCAAAACAACAGUGAUGCAUUUGGUGGCCAGAGAGACACUGCCAGAACCAAACUCUCAAGGUCAGAGGAAUCGGGAAAAGACGGGAGAGAGUAACUGUUGUGUAAUCCUGUAAAGACUGUCUGCUAAGUGUGAUGUGACGUCGUCCUUGUCUUCCAUGCCGCUGGGACAGAAGAGACCCCACAUUGCAUCAGGAACCCUUAGCACAUCUGCCUGUAAAGCCAUGGAGUGAGUGAUCACAUGAGCACUGUCAUCUUUUCUUGUGAAAGUAAAAAGAACCAAGAACAUGUUUCACUAUGACUUUUAUUUCUAAUACUUUUGUUUAAGUUGAGCAGUUUUAAAACAUUGGUUUUUGAAUGCAGUCCAUCUCCAGGGGAAAAGUUAACAAGUUACCUUUCAUAGCAGAAAUGAUUUUGCUGCCACAAAAAUUGCCAUCACCAGAACUAACAAAUCAAGUGUUCCAAAUACAGUUUGCACUAAACAAGUUUGAUUGUUUUCUUCACCAGCAGAGUUUAUAGCAUAGUUCAUGGUACCCAGAAAUUCUCAUAUAUACAAUUCCACACUGGAAAACACUCAGCAACUAAUGACCGUAAUUACUGGGCCAACUGGAGAGGAAAAAAUGGACAAGAAACUAAACUGUUGGGUGGAUUCUACCACAGUCAGCCAUGGUGGCUUCACUGGCACAGAACACUAAACGGAGGGUGACGACCUUCAGUGCAGCAAAUGAAAAAACCAUAUGUGCCUGUUUAAAGCACUCAGUAGAGAUCUGAUGAGCGAAUGGUUUUUCCUUUAACACGUGCCCUCUCCAGUUAUAAGUAACCGAGACCUUGUUCAUGUAGCACAAAAAGGGUGAGUGUGUUUCCUAGCCUUAAUGUGGGAGGGGGAAGUUCCAAUCACUCAUAGACUUCCAUUGUUGUGCAGAAAUGUUAGGACACCUCAUGUACUGUUCAGUUUUAUGUAUUUGAAUAUCAGCAUUUGAUUUUUUUCAUAAUUAUUGCUCAUCUGUGUCCAGUGUCACACUCACUCAUUAGAAUUCAGAUGAAUUCUUAAAAUUAAAAAAUUCUCCACAGUAACUAAUUUGUUUCUUCAUGUAGUUUGCAUUUGGUAUCAGUGCUUGCAGUUGUGUAUUAAAAUGAAAAGCUGAUUUUUAAGGCAUACGUGAUUCAGGAUGCCACUGUUUUGUUUUGUACCAAUAACUUAAAAAUUGAUAUGCUCAAAACAAUUUGCACAGCACUAAAGCAUGAGCAGUUUCAUCUAAAUCUGUAAAAACAUAAAAGAUUUUAUAUUUUUUCACUAGGAAGGAAUGCUUCCUGGAUGAAAUUACAAAUAUGUGUAGAAUAUAUUUAAUUAAAACUUAUAAAAUACCUAACUAUAGAACUUAAAUUUAGAUUGGGGUGUAGUACGUAGAGAACAAUGUUCCAUAUAAAUAAUUUAGCCUUUAUAAAAAUGAAGUUACAGGCUGUCACGUUCUGUACUUAAAUGAGCGUCCACGGUCCUUACAAACAUUGAGUGUAAAUGGUCUCAAAUGGUCGGCUUCGUUUAGAGUGAUCAGGUUACUUUACUCAUUGUUAAAGCAUUGAUGAAAAGGCUUUCUAUGCAGUAGAGCUACGAAAAUAUUGUUCAUACUGAUCAGAAAUUUGUAUAGAGCAGAGUUUUAAAAUGAGUGUAAAUAGCACUAAAUGUUUUCCUUCUGCAACCUGUACUUAUAGAUUCUUUCUGUAAACUAAAUAAAAAAAAUAUUGUAGUGCGUUUCAGUUGUAAUAUUAAAGGUCUUGAUUAGGUCGAUAAUUGUUUAAGCACUAUCUCAUCGAUGUUACAAUUGUUUUCUGCUUAUUUCUGAAUCUUUAAAAAAUUCAUUUAAUUAAUAUUCCAUUGAUACUUUUGGGAAUUAUUCACAACGUAUCUUUGAUAUUUAACCUGGUUGAUCUGUGCACAGUCACAAUACAUAGAAUUAUGUGGUCUCUGUUAUCAUUAAAUGUUAUAUUCAAGAGAUGUUAAAUAUUUAUAUGCUUUGUUCAUUAGCUCAAAUGUGAAUUCUGUUAGUGUUCAUGAAAGAAGAAUCUGGUAGUUACUUAAUUGGGCAAUUAAGCCACUUAUGGCUCUAUUCCUCUUUUGUAAAACAAACUACUGGCAAUUAUUUUUAAUACCUACUUUAAUUCUAAUUACUCUUCUGUUUUUCCAAAGUUAAAGACUAUCAGCUAAUUGUGAUUGAAUUUUUACAAUGGUUAAAAAUAGUCCCUCUUGGUUUUCAAUAUAUUUCUCUGUGUUCCCACAUUAUAAAUUUCCCUUUCACAAGACCUCAAUUUAGAGUUUGUAAAAUGGAUAAACUUGUUUAUUAGUAGAGAAAGAAUUAUGUCACUUAAUAUCAUUGUUGUGCAGAAUGAAAAAAAAAAAACUAGCAGUAAAAUUAUAUAUGGAAAACACCAAAAAUUUAGAUGCCUUAACAGUAUAACGUGAAAAUACUCAAAUAUCCCUUUUAAAACAGUUCCCUGGGUGGCCUGAUGGUUGAAUUAUGGUUGGUCACAGCCAAGGCUCCUACUGAAGGUCCCCCUGCCAAAAAUGACAGCUCACUUACCGAGAGGUGGGAGCUGCAUAGACCCAGUGAUGUGAAGCCUGGAUCGUGGGCCCGUGACCCUGCCCAGUCUUGGUAUCUAACUCAUCUUUUACCUAAAUUACCCUAGACUCUGUUAAAUGUUCUGGGCAAGGCAAGCUUUUCUUCUCUAUGAAAUCCUCAGCAUGUCUCCUUGACCUGAACUGUUUGUUUUCUCUUCAAGAUAAGUUGUACCUCAUGCUAUCACAAAAACUAUAGGAUCUAACAUAGUCACUCACAUUAAAUGAGGUUAUCUCAUAACAUUUAUCCUUUGUUUUAUGCCACCUUGACUUUUGUCAAAGUAAUUUCUGUUAGCCGAUUAUGGUGAACAAUGUCUAAUGUGAAAAGAAAUUAAACUUUCUUCAUCUGUUGUAGAAUACCCUUCUUUUAAA